UUUCUAUAAAUUGGGACAACAGCAGUUGGUGUUAGCUCGUCCUUCGAAGGGUUAAUUCACAUCUGUCUAAAACUGGAUCUACAGCAUAGCAGUGUGAGGGGUGGCAGGACUGUCACACAAGGAAGAUAUUCAGAGUUAAGAUGAUGGACUAAAGAGAAACAUGACAUCUGAAUGGAGGUAAUUGCUGCACCAUUGUUUAAUUGAAGCUAGCGGAGCACGUGGAUGGGAAGUAAUCACACCCUCAGGUGAGAAAGACUGAAGACAUCUGUGCGUGCUGGUAAAUAUGUGCUUCUUUUUUAUGUUGCCAGAUAAUAAGUUUGUAUGUGCACCUUUAACCCAGAGUGUGCAAUCCAAUGACAAAAUACAGUUAGUCUAAAUUAAUCUGGCUUAUUCAAUGUGUCAGAGUAUUAGAGGGGAGAGAAAACACAAGCUCACAUAUUGGUCGGUUGGAGAGAUGAAAAACAAAUGCUGACAUAUUUUUCCAGGAAGUAAUGUUUGUGGUUUACGUAAUGUUGCAGGCAUGUCUUCCUGCAGCAGUCUCUUGUGUGAAGAACAGUUUCAGUGCUCGAUCUGCCUGGAGGUCUUCACUGAGCCCGUGUCCAUCGCAUGCGGCCACAACUUCUGCAAGGCCUGUAUCAGCGGAUACUGGGACAACAGCGGCCAAUGCCAGUGUCCACUCUGCAAGGAGACGUUCACGAGGAGCCUGAAGAGACACACAUUACUCGACCCUGAGGUCAAACUGGACAACAGGAUCUGCAAGAAGCACAAUGUCUGCAGGACGGACAAAGAGUGUGUUUGCCAGUUCUGCAUCAGUGAAGACCACACCGCCCACAACAUUGUUCCACUGGAGGCAGAGUGUGACGAGAUAAAGAUCCUUCUCAGAGAGACGGAGCUUGAAGUAGACUGCGAGGGGAGAACUUUCCGACUUAGAAGGCAAGUUCAACAAAGAAAUGGAGAAGUUCCCCGAUCAGAGGUUGAAGUGGAUUCGGCACUACGCUGUGGAUGUAACUCUGGACCCCGACAUGGCACACUCACCAUCUCCGAUGAUGGGAAGGAGGCGAGGGAAGGAAAGUGGCAGAAGAGACCUUUUAACCAGAAAAGAUUCACAGGGUUAUUGGGUUCGUCGGUCGUAGCAAAGGAAGGAUACUCCUCGGGGAGAUUUUACUUUGAGGUGCAAGAGGAAGGGAAGAACAAAUGGGCCAUCGGAGUCGUUAGAGAGUCUGUAGACCAGAAGAAACUGUAUCCAAUAUCAACUGAACAUGGAUACUACAUAGAGCUGGGAGACAUGUAUAAGGCCAACACUGCUCCCCCUGUCCUCCUCUACCCACAGAAGCUGAGGAAGGUCGGGGUGUUUGUGGAUUACGAGGAGGGAAAGGUCGCCUUUUAUGAAACCGAGGGCAAGUCUCAUAUCUACUCAUUCAUUGGCUACAACUUUACUGAAAAACUGUACCCAUACUUAUACUGCGGCAUCGAUGAUAGUGCUCCAUUGGUGAUAAUCCCUGUAAAUCUUGAGGACUAGGACUGUAAAGGGAUACAUCUACGACCUCUAGUUCGUUUGUUCCCACUGAAGACGUUAAAAAAAACAAAACGUCACAAAUAUAUAGCGUGGUCUUUACAAAAUGCUAACAACUGCUGGGCACUGUAGUGUUUUAGCAAACGUUACUCAAACAGGAGUAAAUAGUGCAUUUGCUGGGAACCAUUUUCAGCCGCAGCUCAAAAACUGUAAUGAGUAUUCACAGUAGCAGGUCAGUGUGUUAGGGUUUGAGUGCAACAACGGGGCACAUUUAUGUGUUUUAAU